AUGGCCAAGAACAGCACCCAAAAUAUUGGUCUUCGUAUUAGAGAAGAGGAAGAAGAGAAUCGAGCUUAUGCCAUUCAAUUAUUUACCUCACUCUCACUGCCCAUGACCAUGCAGGCGGCCAUUGAUCUCGACAUAUUUGAGAUCAUAGCCAAGGCCGGUCAUGGCGUGAUGCAGUCCCCUUUAGAUAUUGCAUCUGAAAUCUCUUGCAAAAACCCUAUUGCACACAUCGUGCUUCAACGCAUACUCAACCUUUUAACUAGCUUUAAUGUGUUAACCGCGGAUAUCACUAACGGCGAUACAAGAUAUGGAUUGGCCCCUGUGGCAAAAUAUUUUGUGAAGAAUGAGGAAGGUUUUUCCUUUGCACCAUUAAUGACAUUGUUACAAGACAAAGUCAUUGUUGGCAACUGGUAUCACUUGAAAGAUGUUGUGGUGGAAGGAGGGGUACCCUUUGAUAGGGCAAAUGGGGCAAGCUUAUUUGAUUAUGGUGGUAUGCACCCAAGGUUCAAUGAAUUGUUUAAUCAAGGGAUGAUAAACCACACAAAGAUCGUGAUCAAUGAGUUGCUACUAGCUUAUCGAGGAUUCCACAAAGACAUGGAAAGUAUGACACUUGUAGAUGUUGCUGGUGGUCUUGGCGCCACCCUCAACAUAAUUACUACCAUGUAUCCCAAGAUCAAGGGCAUUAAUUUUGACUUGUCCCACGUCAUUUGUCACGCUCCUCCUUAUCCUGGCGUGGAACAUGUGGAAGGAAAUAUGUUUGAAAGUGUUCCUAAGGGUGAUGUAAUUUUCAUGAAGUGGAUACUUCAUGAUUGGAGCGAUGAACAUUGUUUGAAGUUGCUUAAGAAUUGUUACAAGGCCUUGCCUUCCAAUGGGAAAGUAAUAGUGGUUGAAGGUAUAGUUCCAGAAGGAUUCAAUAACAAAACAAGCGAGAAAAGCAUCUAUCAAGCUGAUAUGAUCACUCUAACAUUGUAUCAUGGAGGAAAGGAGAGAACCCUUAAGCAAUUUCACAUCCUAGCCACUCAAGCUGGAUUUGCUGGGAUCAAAUUGGAAUGCACUGCCUUUACCUACUCAAUUAUGGAAAUGUAUAAAUAAAAUAAUGGGAUUCUUAGAGAAGGGCUCCAUUAUGUUUUCAUGAAGUGGUAUUAUUUUAUCAAUUCCUUACCUUGUAUGGCAUUGUUGUGUAUUUUUCAAUUUGAUAUUGUUUGUUUCCAUUUGUAUUUGUGUUCUAAAUAAAACUUCUUAAGGGUAACAUUUCCAUUGUU